GGGCUUUCGAUAUUGAUGAUUGUCGCUCUCAGCAUGGCUUUGCCGUAUAUUAUGGUGGCAAUUUAGUUAGUUGGGCCUCCAAGAAGCAGCAUGUUGUUGCCAAAUCCAGCUCUGAAGCCGAGUAUCGUGCCAUUGCCUUCACCUCCACAGAGUUAAUCUGGAUACAACAGCUUCUACGUGAGCUACAUGCCCCUCUUCAUGCUCCACCGAUUCUUUUGUGUGACAAUCUCAGUGCCACUUAUAUGACUGCCAAUCCGGUUUUCCAUCAACGAUCCAAACAUAUCAAAAUUGAUUACCAUUUUGUUCGCGAACAGGUUGCUGAUGGGUCUCUUGUUGUUCGUCACGUUCGUGCCUCGGAUCAGGUUGCCUAUAUCUUCACCAAAGUCGUUGGGAAUUCACGCUUUCAAACUCUCCGUUCCAAGCUCCAUGUCGCGUUGCCACCUUGAGCUUGCC